AUGUCUCACCCUUCACCAAACUCCUCGUCGGCCAACGGUCCUCCCUCAUCCCCCUUCGAGGGCACCAACCCAACAGUUUACUCCCCGGACAACGAGCGCAAGCCUCACCACCGUCGUCAACUGACCGCAAUCCCUAUCGGCAAGCAGGCUGCCAAGAAAUUUCUUCCUGAGCCGCCGGCGUAUGUCGAGGGUGCCUUCGUCGAUGAGCUUGAUGAGUUCGUCAACACCUUCGUCUCUCGGUACUUGUACGUCGAAGGCGGCCAUGAUGCAGAGCAUCUCAAGUUCCUGGUGCAGAACCAGAUGAAGCGCUACGACUGCUUCAAGCACUCGGCCAUCUUCCUUCAGGAUCCUCACGCCGCUAUCUUCAUUCGAUUCGACAGCCUUUCCGACGCCAUCGAAGCUCGGGACCUACUCAUCCAGGCCGGCUUCGCCACUCAUUACGCAACUAUGGACGACCUCGCGCGCUCCAUGCCCAAGGACAUCCGCGAUAUCCAACCGUUCGAAGGCCAGAUGUUCUUGUCAAUGUUCAUCGACGCGAACCCCGAGCACGCCGUUUGGGAGUUCACUGCUGAGGACUACGAGGACAUCAAGCACCAAGUCGACCUCAUCGCGAGGGAGUUCGGUAUCGUCCGCAACGUCGUCCACGUCGACACUGUUCACGAUGAGAUGCGACUGAUCUUCCGGAUCGAGUUCGAUUCCAUCGACGCUGCACAGCGCGCCAUCCAGUCUCUUCGCCGCACGCCUGUCUAUGGCUUCGGUGCUGAUAGAUCGUACUUCUGGUCCACCAUCAACGUCGGUGACUGGGUCGAUGAGCGUCCGCUGGGCUCUCACCGCUUCCAACAUCGCGGCGAUACUCGUCGCCCGUACCGCGGUCAAUUCCGCAACGAAGACCCCCAGGAUGAGCAUAACCGUGUCCGUCGUGAGCGCAUCCUCGACGGCAGCGAUGUUCGCACCACGGUCAUGCUCCGCAACAUCCCGGCAAAUUGCGACUGGAUGACGCUCAAGAACAUCCUGGAUCAGAUCUGCUUCGGCACUUACGACUUCGUAUACCUCCGCAUCGAUUUCAAGAAGUGUGCCAACGUCGGAUACGCCUUCAUCAACUUCACGGAUGUCGGUGGGAUGCUCAUGCUCCUCGAGAUGGAGUUCCGCUACUGGCCUGGUUUCAUCUCCGACAAGAAGUUCGGGAUCUCGUAUGCGACAAUCCAGGGACGCGAGGCGCUUGUGCAGAAGUUCAGGAACUCCUCUGUCAUGCAGGAGACUCCUUACUGCCGCCCGCGCCUGUUUAUCACUCAGGAUGAGGCCGAGUUGAUGAACUCCAUUCGCCACGCCGGUACCGAGCUGCCUCUCCCCCGCCCCGACAACAUUUCGAAGUUGCAGCGCUCCAUCGAUAGUGCUCGUAGCACUGGUCUGUUUGCUCCUCGAGCUUACUCAUCCGGUACUGAGUAUCGCCACCACUUUAGCACUUUCGACCGCGGUAGCCCUCGCGACAACUACCAGACUGCUAUGCACCACGCGCAGCAGCACGCCGCGCCCCUCCAGUUUGCCGGCUUGACUGAGGCUCAGAAGCAGAAGAUCGAGGCCUGGUACCUGCACGUCUUCGGCGGCGGCCACCGUGGACCCAUCCCCUUCGACUCUAUCCCCAUGACCCAUAUUCAGCUGUACUUCGAGGAGCACCCCCAUCUUGCGCCAAUUCGUCUGACCAUGGCUCGUUCUUCCGGCAGCGGCAACGGCACCCCUCGUCGUUCGGGACGCGGUUCUGAUAGCGACAACUGGCGUGGAGGCUCCUCUGGUCCCUCCCAGGGCAACCGCAAGCGAUGGAUGUAA